AUGAUGUCCAGGAUAUUGUUUCUAGUUUGUCUCAUCUCGGUCUUUAGACCUGCCCAGUCUGUUAGUUAUACAUGUCAAUUGCUUGGUAUAGGAUGUGAAACAACCCCAACGCCGUCAGGGAAUGAUCCUCUUUGUGCUAUUUUCCCAGACAGAUGUAAGAAAGUGACUGAACCAGCGUAUUGUAGUAUGCCAGCGCUUUGCAAACUAUGUCUUUCAAAAUGUGCAAACGUACCGGGUUAUGCAACAACUACUAUACCAACCACUCCAGAACCAACCACUCCAGAACCAACAACUCCAGAACCAACAACCCCAGAACCAACAACCCCAGAACCAACCACUCAAGAACCAACUACCCCAGAACCAACAACUCCAGAACCAACAACCCCAGAACCAACAACUCCAGAACCGACAACUCCAGAACCAACAACUCCAGAACCGACAACUCCAGACACAACAACUCCUGCAGAUACAACAACACCAGAGGCUACAACUCCUGUAGAUACGACAACUCCUGCGGCUCCACCAAUUCCUGCAGAUACAACGACUUCUGUGGCUACAACGACUGCUGUAGACACUUCAACCGCUGUAGAUACAACGACUCCUGUCGAUACAACGACUCUGGUAGAUACAACAACUCUGGUAGAUACAACAACUCCUGUAGAUACCACAACUCUGGUAGAUACAACAACUCCGACAGCGACGACUUCUGCUGCCACAACGACAACGGAAACUCCAACCACGACACCUACUCCUGACAAAUGCGAAUAUUCUAAAUAUGGUGCACCAAAGACAAGUCUGAUGAAAAGAAUUAUUGGUGGACAAGUUGCACAAGAAGAUAAAUAUCCGGGCCUUGUUUGUUUCCAGUCUCCGCUGUAUUCACCGGGUCCGAUUUCAACCUGUUUCUGUUCCGGGGUCGUCAUCGAUGAGACAACUAUACUGACGUCACUGGGAUGCUACACGUAUAUUGAAACUAUCCAAAGUCUUGAUAUGAUAGUUAGUACUGUUAUCGGUACACAUGACACGUCUAAGCAGGCUGGGACUGAGCAAACAAUUGUCUUGGAUAAGCCAUUGUCCUCCUCAAAUAUUGGUGAUUUGGUUGAAAUUAACUUAUCAACACCAAUUGUAUUUAACAGCACUAGUUCAGCACCUGCCUGUGUUAUUAACCCUCUAAUGACAGUAGACGAAUCUACUUGUAAACUUAUUGGUUAUGGUGAUAUAUAUCCAGGAUUUAAAAACACAAAUAUCCGAGAAGGAGAUGUAACUUUAGAUCUAUCUGGUGAAUGUACUACGGCUGUUAACAAUAUUUGCAAUACUGUGCCUGGAGGUUCUGUUGCUUGUACUGGAGAUGAUGGAGGAGCAGUAGUCUGUGAAGAAACGGAUACAAGGGAAUAUGUUACAGUUGGUAUUAUUGGUGCACCAUCAAAUAUCGGGUACAAAUUCAAAAUUCAUUAG